UGUACAACAAAAUUUAGGACAAUACAAUGUUGUUUACUUGCUCUCUAUAAACAUUUGGCGGGAAAUAGAUAUGGCGGCGCUCAUUCGCGCUCUCGAUCGCAACUGUCUGUUGUAUAAUUUUAGAGAAAGGAGAUUUGUUUUGGUCCACCACCUUCGUGGAGAUUCGUUGGUCGUGGCAUUUCAUAUCGCGGCACGUCCGUUUCGCUCGCUAUUAUUUGAUGCGACGUUGCCACACUUCUCUGGGGCUUCGGCUCGAUCGCAGCCUGGUGGACGGAGAAGGUGCCGAGCUACAGUCAGUCGGCCGCGCAGCUCGGUGCGCGACGUUCGUGCGCGGAGGGUCUUGUUAGCGUCCCUUCAUGCCUCAGUGCUAAAUAAACGUGAGUGCGAGCAAGACGGCAUAUACCAGAGAGAGGAAACGGUGAAAGAGUGAGACGACACUAUGGCAGUGUCGCAACCUCGCCCACCUGACCGUGUUGACGCCGCGCUCGAAAAAGUUGCGCCGUUGCGCUAUUUGAAGGCGCACGAAUGUGCUCGCUCCGAGCGUACCGUGACGCGUUAUUAUCAUAAGCCCUUGUCUUAAAAGAGGUUUUUGAAUUACCUGAGGUGAAAUCAAUUCAAAAUCGAAGAAUUCAGCGUUAUCUUACAAGGUUUCCACCGGUGACCGGGUGAUGGCCACUUGAGCCAAGAUGAUGAAGCGAACCGGUCCCCGUCUGGGGCCUGAUGAGCCCUCACCAAUACCGCAAUCCGCUGCUCAGAUUCAGCAAGCGGGAGCAAGCAACAUGCAUACAUUGGCCCAAUCGGCCCAACCACAAUUAUUAGGAGCGACAGCGAUGCUGUCAGUCAGUGGAGGCUUCAGUCGCGGCCCAGCGCGCGCCAACGCUCCCGCCGUCAUCAAUUAUCUUAAGCCGAACACGGUGCAAUAUGCGCCGAAGCAGCCGCCCCAAGUGCCACCGAGGCUUAAGCUUGUUCAGCAACCAGCCCCACUACCUAUACCCGGACGCCAGUCGCCCGGUCUGGCUGCGCCGCUGGCAGCUCAGCCGGCGGGACAGUUCCAACGUUUGAAGGUCGAGGAUGCGCUCUCAUACCUAGACCAAGUCAAAUACAAAUUCAACACACAACCGCAGGUCUACAACGACUUUUUGGACAUCAUGAAGGAAUUCAAAAGUCAGACUGUUGGUUGCAGAAUCGACACGCCCGGCGUCAUCACCCGGGUGUCGAAUCUGUUCAAGGGGCAUCCGGAGCUGAUUGUUGGAUUCAAUACCUUCCUGCCACCAGGGUACAAGAUAGAAGUGCAGAGUAACGGACAGGUGUCAGUGUCCAUGCCAUCCCCCACUGGAGCGGGCUGCGGGCCCGUGGGCGUGGGUGGAGUGGGUGGCGUGGGCGUAAGCGCAGUGAGCGGCGGUGGCGGCGGUGGUGGUGGUAGCGGCGUGCUUCUCGGCGUACACCACCCGCCGCCGCAGUCGCAGCUCGUGCACUUGCUGCCAGUACCACAGUCCGUCAGUACAGCGAUUGUUCACAACUUGUCGGUGAAUGCAACACCAGCUAACACCCUGCAUCAUAUCUCACAAGCUCAUCAGCAGAUAGAAGCAGCAGCCAUACAUCAUCCACCAGGCUCGGCGCCCAGCAGCGCGGCGCAUGCGGGCGCGGCGGCAGGCCAGCCCGUGGAGUUUAACCACGCCAUCGAAUACGUCAACAAGAUCAAGUCCCGUUUCUCCAGGCAACCAGAUAAGUACAAGCGUUUCUUGGAGAUACUUCAUGCAUACCAACGAGGUCAUAGAGACGUCAAAGAGCCUCAAGCAAAGCAACAGACUGAGCAGGAAGUCUAUUCGCAGGUGGCAAAGUUGUUUGAGAAUCAAGAUGAUCUCUUGGCUGAAUUCGGUCAGUUUUUACCAGAUGCAAAGGCGGUAACCAAACCCGCACACAUACCGCCGCAUUCGAGAUCACCACCGCCACAGACGCCGGUGGCCCCCCGGGAGGAGGAGCGCUACGCGGCCGCGUCCCCCCCGCCGCACGCGCCGCACUCCGCGCACGCGCCGCACGCCCCGCACGUGCCGCACGCCGCGCACGCGCAGCUACACCACGCGCCGCCACUCCCGAAGCACACGAGUGCGCCCCCCGCUCCACCACAGCAUCACCAUCUCAAGAGGUCGCCUAGCUUCGGAUCCUCGACUCAAAUCGAUGGGUAUUCAGUUCGCGUCAGUAAUGAGGUCUGUGCCGCAGCGGGCGGGGCGCCACCGCCCAAGAAGGCGCGCGCGGGCGGCGCGUCACCGGCGCUGCGCGACGUGUCGCUGGCGGACGCCGCCAAGCUGGCCACGGCGCACGACUACGGGUUCUUCGACCGCGCGCGCAAGGCGCUGCGCUCGCAGCACAUCUACGAGAACUUCCUCAGAUGCCUUCUCCUCUUCACCAAUGAAAUUAUCUCUUCAUCUGAGCUUCUCUGCGUCACCGAGCCGUUCCUCUACCGUCACCCGGAACUAAAGAAAUGGUUACAAGAUUUCGUGGGUCCGGUCUCACCACCGCACACGCCUACCACUACUCAUACUGGCUACAAUAACUUCAGUAGCACAAGCAGCUUACUCAGCUGUGAACGAUCCAGGCUCGGGUCAGAGACGAAGCGACAUGAGCCUCUCGGGGCAUAUGGUGCCCAGUUGAGGCAUGAAAGACCUCAAGGAGACGCUGCUAUGGAUAUAGAUCUGUCGACGUGUAAGAGGUUAGGAACUUCGUACUGUGCGUUACCACGCGAGGCAGCUGCGAGACGAUGCUCUGGGCGGACGCCGCUUUGCAAAGAGGUUCUCAACGACACGUGGGUGUCCUUUCCGACGUGGAGUGAGGAUUCGACUUUCGUUACAUCGAGGAAAACGCAGUUCGAAGAAUAUAUUUACCGCUGUGAAGAUGAACGAUUCGAGCUGGACGUGGUGAUAGAGACGAACGCGGCCACCAUCCGCGUGCUGGAGGGUGUCCAGAAAAAGCUAUCUCGCAUGACCAGCGAGGACGCCGCAAAGUACCGCCUCGACGACAGCCUGGGCGGGCACUCGCCCACCAUACACCAGCGCGCGCUGCGCCGCAUCUACGGCGACAAGGUGGCGGUGGACAUUAUCGCGGGUUUGAAGAAGAAUCCCGUUGUCGCCGUACCGGUCGUACUGAGGCGGCUCAAAGCUAAAGAGGAGGAGUGGAGGGAAGCUCAGAAGGGCUUCAACAAGCAGUGGCGCGAGCAGAACGAGAAAUACUACCUGAAGUCACUGGACCACCAGGGCAUCAACUUCAAGCAGAACGACCUGAAGGCGCUGCGCUCCAAGUGCUUGUUCAACGAGGUGGAGAGCGCCUACGCCGCGCGCCGGCCCGGUCCGCAUCUCGUGGCCGACUACGGUCUGCGCACGCGCCACGAAGCGAUCAAAAUCGUUCGUGACGCAGCAGAACUGUUGAUCCACCACGCGAGAAGGCAGACGGGUAUACAGAAAGCUGAGAAGCGAAGAAUUAAACAACUACUACGGCACUUUCUUCCCGAUCUGUUCGCCCACCCCCGGCAACCAUUGUCUGAUGAUGAGAGAGAUGAGGAAAAAGAAGAGCCAAAUAGUCCAGGCAGUCCGAGUCCAGAUCAGGCUGCUGAUGAUAAGGGAGGGAGCGUCAAACAAGAGAAACAAGAGUCGUCAGAGUCCGACAAUGCGUCUGACAAAAGCAGUCGGAACAACAAAAACGACAAGGAGAAUAAGCCUAAAAACAACAACACAACUGACAGCAAAGAGAGCACAAACUCCAUCAAACGUAGCAGCAGCAAUGAGGAUUCUGCCAACAUGAAGAUUGAUUUCAAGAGUGAUCAGGAUGUCGAAGAUGAUUAUAGAGAUCAUCCAUCUAAUGAGGCGCGCUUCGUGUGCACGUCGUCGUGGUACCUGUUCCUGCGCCUGCACGGCAUCCUGUGCCAGCGGCUGGGCGCGGCGCGGCGGGCGGCGCUGGCGCUGGCGCAGGCCGAGACGUCCCGCGCCGCCGGGCGCCCGCCCAGCGUGGCCGCCGCGCUGCGCCUCAAGCCUUCCAAUUUACCGAUGGAGGCUUCAUCGCCAGCGGAAUACUACAACGCCCUUCUCGAGCUGGUGAAGGGUGUGCUGGACGGAAACGUAGAUGCGAAUGCGUACGAAGACGCCGCGAGAGAGAUGCUCGGCAUCAAGGCGUAUCCCGCCUACACGCUGGACAAGCUGGUGUCUACAGCUGUUCGACAGCUGCAGCACUGCGUGUCGGAGAGCUGGUCGUCGCGCGCGGCGGAGCUGGCGUCGCGCGGCAUGCGCGGCUCGGCGGCCUACGUGCGGCGCGCGCUGCGGGCUCUGCGCGCGCACCACACCGCCUUCCUCGUCAGAGUCUAUGGCGGGGAUGAUUGUAAAGUGACGUUUGAGUUACUGGAGGCUGCGGGCGAGGGUCACGCUUCGCCCCACCACGAUUCCUCUAGACUAUCGCCCACUAACCAGUCGCGCAGCCGCGAGACGAACGGCGAGGCGGUGUCGCGGCUGGCGGCGUGGUCGCUGUACGCCGAGAGCUACGCCCGCGCCGCACACGGCCAGCGCCGCCGCCGACUGCGCGCCCGCCGUGCGCCGCCGCAAGCCGCCGCGCCUGCACGACCACUCCGAGUGCACGCUCGCCAACACCAUCCGGCUGGUGGCGUGUCGACCGCAGCAGCUGUACCGUGCGGGUUGCCUGGCGCUGGCGCGCGCGUCGCACGCGCGCCUGUCGGCGGCGCGGCGGGCUCGGUUCCGCGCUUGGCUCGCCCGUCGCUCGCUCGCCAACACUUAGCCAGCCCGCGUCACGUGCGAGGAGGCGACCGGCGCGCGCGACUGUCCAUACUGAAGCGACACUCGAUUAACAUUAUUGAAAUGAACAAACUCGAAAUCUUGAAAAAAAAGCUGUCAAUUUAUACUGAAUCGUUUUUCUUCUAAGAAGAUAAAAGAGGCUCUUUCUACCGUCUCACCUAUUAUUGACCUACUGACUGACCGACUUUUCCUAAUGUUUAUAAGAAAUCUCAAUGAAAUCGAAUUUCUUUUACUGAUAUCAAAAUGUAUCUUCAAUGUAAUGUUUAAUUUGAAAUGUCAAUUGAACAGUAAUAUAACUAAACGACAGUCGCGGCGCAACGGACGCGGCCCGAAUAUAAAUUAGAUAUUUAUUGAAACGCUCUGUUCGUCCGUCACAUGAUAUAUUUUGUUAUGCAUUCGAUGUAACGUUUAUUAUUUUGUUAAUGUUGAUUCUAUUUUGUAAAACACUAUGGGUUUUUUGUUUAUAUACAGUGUUUUAACGAACGAAAAGUAUUUAUAACAACAAAGUUGAUUUAAAAAUUGGUCAAAUUGUUUAACUGUUUAUCAUCUAACUUGUUAUAUAAUGUGGAGUUUUGACUUUACGACUUAAUGAAGUUUUUUUUUUUAUUGUAACCGAGUUAGCCUGAUUUUAAACUAAAUUGUGGGUUCAAUCUAGUUUUCACGUAAUUUGCUUAUGUCAUUGUACUAUUAAUGAUUAUAAAAUAACUUUCGUUCGUUAAUAUACAACGAUAAACCAAAACAUUUUAUAGUUUAUUGUAAAAAAUUAACAAUAUUGUAAAAGUUAAUUUGCAAUUUCAUUCGUCAUGUUAUGGUUCGCUAUUAUUUCGUAUUUAAUGUAAAUAUAUUGUUUAAAAAGUUUUAUUUAUAUAAUAAGAACAACCAAAAGCAGUAUUUAUCGGAUGGACAGAGCGUGUGAAUGGAAUCGGUCCACGUGAAGGAAUACAGGGUAACUCGGUAACUGUAUUGACUCAAAAAAAUAAAAGUUAAAUGUAUGCUAAAGCAUAGCUCAAAAUUUUUUUGGACCGGUUUCAUAAUCUUGCGCCUAGGUCACGUUUUAGUGACCUAGGACGCCUAGGGUAUAGUUUUGACCCUGACUACAUGAUUAAUGCUUUUCAGAGCAUCUGUAAAUAAAACUCUGAAAUAAUUAGUCCAGUAGUGUGUAAAGAUCUCUUUUAAAAAGUACAGCCUGUAAAUAUUUUGACAGUGAUUUUAGAGUUUAAUUGUUGAAGAACCAAUCUUGUUAAUUCAUAUAAAAUGACUUGUCGAAAGGAAUAAAUAUUAUUAUAUUUAUAAUA